CGACACCUCGCUCUCUUCAGUCGACAAGAUGAAGGGUCUCUACUCUGCCUUGUUGGCGUCCGCCAUCGCGGGCGCUUUUGCUGCCCCCAGCCCCGUCGAACAGGGUCCCAUCACUGCUCGUGCCGCUGCCGCAGCAUGUGCUACUCCUGUCACCCUCAGCGGCAACCCCUUCGCGUCCCGCUCCAUCUACGCCAACAAGGAGUACUCGAAGGAGGUUAUGGCCGCUGCCGCCUCCAUGACCGACAGCGCCAUGGCUGCUUCGGCCUCCAAGGUUGCCCAGGUCGGAACCUUUCUGUGGAUCGACACUCGUGCUCGUAUCUCAGUCGUCGAGGAGAACCUCAGCGCUGUUCCUUGCGAGCAGCUCGCUGCCUUCGUCAUCUACGACCUGCCCGGCCGUGACUGCGCCGCCAAGGCCUCCAACGGUGAACUUGCUGCUGGUGACCUCUCCACCUACAAGACCGAGUACAUUGACCCCAUCGUCGCCAUCUUCAAGAAGUACCCCAACACCGCCAUUGCUCUCGUCAUUGAGCCCGAUUCGCUCCCCAACCUGGUCACCAACGCCAACCUCCAGACCUGCAAGGACUCCGCCUCCGGCUACCGCGAGGGUGUCGCCUAUGCCCUCAAGCAGCUCAACCUUCCCAACAUCGCCAUGUACGUCGAUGCUGGCCACGGUGGCUGGCUCGGCUGGAACGACAACCUCAAGCCCGGUGCCAAGGAACUCGCCGACGUGUACAAGAACGCCGGCUCGCCCAAGCAAGUCCGCGGUAUCUCGACCAACGUCGCCGGCUGGAACGCCUGGGACCUCUCACCAGGAGAGUUCUCCAAGGCCACCGACGCGCAGUGGAACAAGUGCCAGAACGAGAAAAUCUACGUCGAGACGUUCGGCCCGCUCCUCAAGGACGCCGGAAUGCCCGGCCAGGCCAUCGUCGACACUGGCCGCAACGCCGUCCAGGGUCUCCGCAAGGAGUGGGGUGACUGGUGCAACGUCAACGGUGCCGGUUUCGGUGUCCGUCCCACCGGCACGACUGGCUCCAGCUAUGCUGAUGCGUUUGUCUGGAUCAAGCCCGGUGGUGAGUCGGAUGGUACGUCGGAUACUGGUGCUACCCGCUACGACUCGUACUGUGGUAAGGACGAUGCGUUCAAGCCUGCGCCUGAGGCUGGUACCUGGAACCAGGCCUACUUCGAGAUGCUGCUCAAGAACGCCAAGCCGGCGUUCUAAGCGUCUCGUGGUAGGGAGGGUAAAAGGGGACGUUGUAUAUAGACGGGUAAAGGGGGAUGGGUGGUGGUUCAUACAAUAUGUAACACCAUGAACCUGGAGAGCAGUAACUGCACCCGGGGGAUUGGAGGUGAGAGCCAAAAAGCUAUCGCUACAUCUUCGCUUCUUGUUCAUAGCUUUACAAUCGAAGACUCUCUUUCACCACUA